AUGAGUGGGUGUCGUGUAUUCAUUGGUCGUCUGAACCCUGCUGCCAGGGAGAAAGAUGUUGAGAGAUUUUUCAAAGGCUAUGGUCGAAUCAGAGAUAUUGACUUAAAAAGGGGAUUUGGGUUUGUGGUAAGUGCUUUGUUGCUUUUGUGUAUUGUAUUUCUAUAUUGUCUGUUGUAGUUUCCAGCUGACAAAUGUUAUGAUUUUAGUUAACUGGUGUAUUAACUAUUGCAUAAUUCUAUUGUCUAUAUAAUGUCGGCUAUAUGUGCUUGCAUGUUUUCAUAUUCUGUAGAUUAAUUUCCCUAUUUAGAUCUAAUUUGUGGUGACUGGCCCAUUUUGAUAUGAAAUAAAAUUUACUUUUUUUUUUUAUACUUUUGUCCUCAUUUAGGAGUUUGAAGACCCAAGGGAUGCAGAUGAUGCUGUUUAUGAGCUUGAUGGAAAGGAACUCUGCAGUGAAAGGUGUGGUUGUGUUUUAUUUGUGUGUGUGUGUGUGUAGAGAGAUAUUAUUCUUGUGUAGUCUUGAACAAACAAAGCUAAUCAAUUUUUCAUUCCGCUGUAGAGUUACGAUUGAACAUGCAAGGCUUCGCUCAAGAGGAGGUGGUGGUGGACGAGGACUUGGCAGAGGAAGGUACCCUGAUAGAUUCAGCAGCCGUCGCCCACGUAAUGAUAGAAGGUAACUAUGCUUUACCAGCUUUAAAAUGUAGUUUGUCACAAUCUUUAGGCUGUACCCACAAUAAUGGCUCUUUAUUUUUCCUUAGUGCACCGCCCAUCAGGACUGAGAAUCGUCUAAUUGUAGAAAACUUAUCUUCUAGAGUCAGCUGGCAGGUUUGUUAAUUUAUGAAUGGGGUGGUCACAACGUUGACUUCUGUAUGCUGGUUAAUUGGGUAUUAAAUGUCUGUGGGUUAUGGGACAAUUUGUUUCUCCAUAAUUUCAAUCAUAAUUUUAACCAAAUAUUAAACCCUUUAUUUGCCAGCCUAUCUGUGUGUCGUUGGCCUUAUGAUGAGGAGCGCCUGUUGGUUAUCGCUCUGUCUUGGUCACUUAUGAUUGGGCCGGGUUGAAUUUGCCAGUUGGCCACCUAGAUCGGUUGAUGGUCUAGACAUACUGGAGCGCUCCUUAAAUUGCCAGGUUGCAGCGACCCCCUGAAAGUUAACGAGAUCUGGUCCUUAAGUUGAGAGAUCUUCUUCUGUAAAGAUUCCGAAUAAGAGGUCCUGGUCGAAAAGAGUUGAAAGAUACGCAAUUAGGUGGUCGUUGGAAUCCUGGUCGCACUAAAGUCCCUGGUAACGCACAAGAAUAGAAAAUGAUGGCCAUCGUCCAUAGUCUUCUAAUAGGGAGGGUCGUUCGCCUUAAAGGCUUCCAUCACUUGGGUAGCCCACAAGUGGGUGGCGAAGAGCCAGUCGGGCUUGUGUCGUGACAGUCUCUCCGGUCGCUUAUUGCAGUUUGCUGAUUCACUAGCCUAGGGAAUUGUUAUUGAAGGUAAAGUAAACCUACAUUUUUAAUGACCUAUGCGGCACCAAAUAUCUUUAUUAUUCGUUGUAUUUGAUGCUAAUAUUAAGCAUUUAAAGUAUCAGGCCUUUUCUUGAACAGUAAACUAAACUUUUUAUGCUAGUAUUUUACAAACAUUGUGCCCUUUUGCUGUUCUGAAGUUCCAAGAAUGGUAACCAUGCCAAGUCACCUUUUAUCUAACACUUUUUAUUCUUUCAGUAACUAUUGCUUUAUUUUUAUGUCCACUAUGUUUGUUUAAUGAAAUCUUUUGUCAUAAUAGGAUUUGAAAGACUUCAUGAGACAAGCUGGAGAAGUUACAUUUGCUGAUGCACACAGACCAAAGUUGAAUGAAGGGUAAUUAUCAUGCUGUGGUUAUUUUCUCCCUCCUUGUAAAGAGCAUUGAACAGCUUGCAACUGUAAUGUUACAAGUUCUCUGAUUUAAACUUGGAAAUUUACAUUUAGGCCCAAUGUAGACCGAAUCCAUUUUAACUAACAUGUGGUGUUUACUUUUGCAGGGUUGUUGAAUUUGCAUCAUACAGUGACUUGAAAAACGCCAUUGAGAAACUUUCUGGGAAAGAAAUCAAUGGCAGAAAAAUAAAGUUGAUUGAAGGCAACAAAAGACACAGGUAUUUACUUUCUGGUAUCUAUAUGUUAAUGUAUUUUUGUCUUCUGCAUUCUGUUUUCUAACACUGCAAACUUUUAGUAGGUCAAGAAGUCGGUCCCGAUCUCGUAGCCGAAGCUCCUCCCGCUCCCGCAGCCGUUCCCGCUCAAGAAGCAGAAAGUCUUACAGCCGUUCUCGUAGCCGCAGUCGCAGUGCUCGUAGCAAUCGUAGCAAUCAUAGCAACCGUAGCAAAUCACGUUCUGCUAGCAGGUCUCCUGUACCAGAGAAGAACCAGAAGGCUGGCUCUUCGAGUCCAUCUAAAUCACCUGCCUCUGUUGACCGACCGAGAUCUCGAUCAAGGUCUCGGUCUGUUGACAGCAGAAACUGAACUAUUCACAUCUAAUUUUUUUUUUUUUUUUUUUAACAAAAAAUUGUUUGUUUUUCACAAAGUAAAAUCUAGAUGCUUACUUAUGUGGUAAGUAUUUGUGGGGCUACUUAGAGCGGGAGAUCUCAAAUUUUUUUUUUUUUGUAUAUAAUUGGACCACCAAUGGACAAGAAUCUUAAGCUUGUGUGACAAACUGCUUUUGUCCAAUGUGUAUAGUUCGUGUAAAAAACUCAUUUAAAUUUUUAUUUUUUUUUCCCCAUCCCUCUUCUCCUUUCUUUGACGUAUAGACCCCUGAUAUUUUGUAUAUAGGCGUACUAGAGGUGCUGGUGUCAAACUAAAAUUGCUGUACAUAAUGCAAGGAUUUUUUUUUUUUUUUUUUUGUCAAUCAACUUUUUUUUGUUUUUGCUGCACACAGUGUUUAAUUUUGUGAAUUAAAUGCUAAUUGCUUUAAAUAAACUUUAUUAAUAAAAGUUGUUUCUUCAUUCAUAAUUGUUUAAUUACAACACUACAUACAUCUUAAUCCUUGUUAGUUGGGAGAGGGUACAGAAAUGUGAUUUAGCUUAGUCCCCACAAGGGGGUGAAGGUGGGCAAGGGGCAAAGUUUAAAACUGGAUGUAUGUGUUAACUAUAUGCACAGAGUACGAUUGUCUACAAUAGGGAUAGGCAACCUUUGGCACUCCAGAUGUUGUGGACUGCAUCCCCAAUAAUGCUCUUACACCCAUGUUGGCAAAGCAUCAUUGGAGGUGUAGUCCAACACAUUUGCAGUGCCGAAGAUUGCCUAUGCCGGGUCUACAAUAAAUGUCUACCAAUGCAGGGAGCCUAAAUAAAGUGGAGAAUUAAACACAAGCCACCUUCAAUUCCUGCAUCUGAAACUGCAUUUAGACAUCAAUAUUACAAACACAUACGCCAAGCAGGGAUACUAUGAUCUGGAGUUGGUGUCAUUUACCUGACAGGAAGUGCUCACGGAGUACAGAAAAUCCGGCUCCUCUACUGUGAACUGUCUGCUCAGGGGCUGGGUGGUAACAAAAUGAGGGUGACACAGGCACACACAAUGGCUGGGGGGGACAAAGGGGAUGGGGACGAAAAGAGUGUCUGCUCAUGAAAGAGGCUGGCCAUAGCAGCCACCAAAAGUAAUAGAAUUAUAGGCACCCAGACCACUUUACAUCAAUGAAGUGGUUUGGGUGCCAGGUCCCUCUAGUGUUCACCCUGCAGCUGUAAACCUAGCAGUUUCAGAUAAACUGCUAUUUUUACACUAGGGUUAAUAAAGCUUAUAGUGGCUCUUACUGACAGGUGCUUCUCACUGAAAAUCAGUGAGAAGACACUGGACGUCCAUAGGAAAGCACAGAGUAAUGCUUUCCUAUGGGUAUUUUGAAUGCAUGUGCGGCUCUUCGGCGCUGAUGUCUUAAGGAGGAGUGUUCCUGGCGCAAGAGAAAGAUAAGUGUUUUCAGCCCUGAUGGUGGGGGACCUAAAGGCCCUAUAGUUUUCCUGGCACUAUAGUGGUCCUUUAAGGCGAGCAGAACUGACAUGGGCUGGAUUUUGGUCGUGGUUUUUAUUUUAUUUUUUUAACAUUUUAAAGUUGGGUAGGCGAGGAUGUCAAAUACAGGAUGAGCUCUUGCUCCAACCUCAGCUAGCAAAGCAUUAUGGGACUUGUAUGACAAAGUGGGCAAAACUAAUGUUUGCACCAGGCCAUUUCUAUGUUGGUUCUGCCACUGCAUGAUCAAAUGUAACAGUUAAGCAUUAUAGUGAUUGUUGUACAGAUGAGAGAGAAAAGCUGAGUUUCCUGGUACUACCGUGGCCCUGGUUCAGCUCUGUUCAUGCUCCUCCUCUGCCACCAGGCUGGUGAACCCUAAUGUGCCUGCGCUGUAAUGGCCGUGCUCGCAUUAGGAUUUCCCCAUAGGAAAGUUUUAUUUAAUGCUUUUCCAUUAGGAUUCCG